AGAACAGUUGCAAAUACAAAACCUAAAAUAUACAAAUUGUAACCUUUAUCAUGGACCUUAGUUUUGAUUUUGGUAAAAAUGACAUUCAUAAAUAAUAAAAGUACUAAGCUGUUUAGAUCAGUAUGUAAGCAAAGCAUGUGGUGUUUGUCAGAGUAAAUGUGCUCUUUUAAGAUGUCUAGUAGAGCUGAUGUGGUUAGAGAUACAGAAGGGGAAGGAAAUGGUAAUAUUAGUUGCUGACGCCACAUUGUUCACUCAGUACGGAAGAGAACGACAGUAAUGUUUGUCACACAGAAUUUGGUCUUUUAUUUAAGAGAAACUCUUGUCAAAGUUCAUCAUGUGGGACGUUCUGCUGCUCUUUUCCAGCAUCUGUACAGCUGUUGUUGUAGGAGCUCCAGUUACAGGACACAGAGGAGAGAGAGUUGAGAUCAGAUGUCCAUAUGAAUCUGGAUAUGAAUCAAAUUCAAAGUAUUUUUGUAAAGGAGAGUGUAUGACUGGAAAUAAAAACAUCAUGGUUAAAUCAGGAUCUGCAGCUAAAGACGAGAGAUUCUCUCUGACUGACGACACGACGAACAGAGUUUUCACCGUCACAAUCACUGAUCUGAGAACAGAGGAUGAAGGACAAUACUGGUGUGCUGUGAAGAGGACUUUACCUUUUACUGAUGUAUAUUCAGAGAUUAUGUUGCAGGUUAAACUGGAUGAGAAGACCACUGAGGUUUCAACCAUCAGCCCUUUUUCAAACACAUCAUCAUCAUCAUCAUCAUCAUCAUCAUAUUUCAGUACAACAGAACUGAAUCCACAAUCCACCAGCAUGAAUCAAACAAAUCAUCACUUCUCAACAGGUCAUGUCUCAGAUUCAGGGUUUGUCAUCUACGUCAGUGCUGGGUUAGUCAUCAUGGUGAUCAUCUUCCUCAUGACGCUGAUGGUGUGGUGUAAGAAGAGAAGCAAGAAACCACCAAGAGAUACACAAACAGGACUUUCACAGCAAGUCUCUGUCGGGCUUUUGCCUUUGAAUACAACAGCAGAGAUCACUGCAGAGGACAGUGACUGGAAUGACCAUAAUUAUCAGGAAAUCAGCGAGUUUCAGUGCAAGAACAGUCAAAACACCACUAUCUACUCAACAGCAGAAAGUCCAGAUGAUCCAAUGAUCUACUCCACUGCAGAAGAACCAGAUGAUCCAAUGACCUACUCCACUGCAGAUAAACCAGAUUUAACAGUCUACUCAACAGUAGAUAAACCAGUUUCAACAAUCUACUCCACUGCAAAUUAACUAGCUGAUCUGAUGAUGUACUUCACAGUAGUCUCAGCCUCAGACGUCAUGCCCACGGACCGUUGGCUGAACGUCUGAUGCAUAUGGCACACUUAUCUGGAAACACUUCAGGAGUUUUGAAGUCAUCAUCUGGUUGGUUGAAUUCUACAGGAUGUCCGGGAGACGUGUGUGUUGCGUUCUUUAACGGUCCGCCUGGAAACAAAUGCCGUGACGCCAAACCCCCUCGUAGAAGAAGAACGGUGUCAUGUUUACAACUAUGACAACGAGCGCUUAUCAGGAUCAAAUAAACGCUGGAUUUUCAAAAGUAUGUGAAGUUCAUGGCUCCAUUGUUGCAGUAAACUUACACAAUGUUCUUGAAUGAAUAAUUUAUUAGAUGCACGCCGGUCUGUUAUUGUUGGUACAUCAACUUUCAUUUUCACGCCCCUAAACCUGACGCGGAACAAAACGAACUAUGAUUGGUUGCUUUACAUGUCAAUCAAACGUCUUCUUGGGUGGUCCUUAGCCAAUGAAAGCUGCGAUAGAGUCCAGACCUUCUGCCGUCAGUCUGAAGGUCUGGCUACGCAAGACUAACUUCACAGUAAAGAGACUAAUGACGUUUUUUGCAGAACGUGUGUCAAAGCAGCUUCAUGGAGUGGAAGUUCAACCCACAAUGCAGUGACAGGACAAAAACAAUCCCUUAUUUUAAGAAGAAACUUUGGCUAGAUUAGGGUUUAAAUGAAGAACCAUGCCCUUAUCUGCUUCAUUUUGUGGAAUAGAUGCCGACUGUCAGUCACUGGAUUUACAAAAAAACACUUUAGCAAUUUUUGAUCUAUUGUACUGUUCAGAGAAAGUUUACAGUUUUUUUUUUUUUUUUUUUUUUUUUUUGCAGUUUGUUAUAUUAUACUCAUUACGAGUGUUAUUUGUGUAUUACUUUAUUUAUUUGAAAUGCAGGCAUUGGCUCGUCUUAUCAAAUGGGUUUACAUGAAUAUAGCUCAAUAUAUUUUGCAUAAUUAAACAGUUGUGUUUAUGGCCAGGCCAAUGCAGGUGAACCUUCAGUUUUUGGGCAAAUGACUGCAUAUAUAUAUAUAUAUAUAUAUAUUAUUAAAUACAUUUGUUUUAAACCUCUGUUUCAUGGUUUUAUUUCUGCUUUAGCUGUUAUUGGCUCCUGAUAUAUUGCUGGUGUGUUUUCUACAUGUCUAAACAUGUCUGCUAAAUGAAUAAAUGUAAUAUUUAAUUCAACUCUACUCAUUGACUUAAACAUGAACAGUAUGAUCAAGCAUGCUGUAAAGUGUGAAUGUGUUUCUGUAGUUUCUGCCGAACUAAAUUUAUGGACAAAUAGAGAAUGUGGAAAUCGAGGGUUUACUUUGAACACAAGAGAUGGGAAGUGAAAUUGAAGUGUGUUCACUUACUUCUUCAUAUUAUUGUGUUCCUUUUUCAUUCAAAAGUCAGGAUCGUAAAAAAAGAGGAACUCAUGACAAUUGAUUACAGUCUUACUGUCAUAAUCUCCUUUCACCAGUCCAGUCACCUCUAUGCACUACAUUUCCCAUGAUCCUCCCUGGUCAUCACCUGCUCACUAUGCGCAAUCAUCACAUCUGUUUACCAUCAGCCUCAUCAAGACUGCCAUAAAAGCCUAAAGCCGGGUGCACACUGUGUGAUUUUGGCCACGAUUUGGUUGUCUGAGACAAAUGUUGAGAAUCCUAAAAGAUUCCUAUAAUCCUAGGCUAAAAUCUGUAGUCUUUGAUCGUUAGUUUGACAUGUUCACCGACAGCCGAUUAAUGACUGUUGCGAUCAAAUUUUACCUCUGACGAAAUUCUGGCAGUGUCAGAAGAAACGUCAAAUUGUCUUAGUUUUUCAAGACAAGCCGUGAUCAAAAUUAACGCUAGAAUUUUCUUUGUUAGCCACCAUUUCAGUCCCGUGUAUAAUGCAGCUCACAGUCACCGAAUGUGUGUGGGUUGAUGAUGUAAAACUCCGGACAAGUUUAAUACGCGCGUCCGUUUUUAACAUGUCUUGUCUGUUGUACAGUCUGACAUAUAGGACAGCUGAGAUCCCACAGUGUGACAUGAGGAUCAUGUUGGUACAGUCUGACAAGCAACAAUCGUAAAGGUCUGUUAUAAAUCGCACAGUGUGCACCUGGCUUUAACCAAACACAAGGACUCUGUCUGGUCUCGUUGUAUCUACCAUACGCUACUGAUGACCUACCUGUGAUACUCACCUGAACUUCUUACCUGUGAUUUGUCUUCUUCCGUCUUCAGUCAUCCGUCUUGAGUCAUCUGUCUGCAGCCACUUUCAGCCUGGGUCUGGUUCUCCUGUAUCCUGUUCAGUAUCUCCAUCUGCAAAGACAAAGAACUCUAUCAUUCAUCAGCUAAUGUCUAGUUCAGACUACAUGAUUUUAGCCUGAUUUUGUUCAUCAUCAUCUUAUGUAACCACUUUUGGGCUUUUCUGACUACAAGACAGAGCAAAACACGCUGCUAGCCAUUGUUUGUUCACACUCACAGCACCUUCUGUCAGUCAGUAGUCCCGCCUUCUUGAUGACAACACGCAUGUGGUUAAAGACGGCAUGCGAUGAAUGAUCAGGUAGCAAUGUGUUGUCUGACAUAUUUAUUGUCCACGACACACCAAGAUUUUAGGAGUCAAAAUCAUAGAAUCUGACACAGUGACUAUCAUGACCGACAAAAAUAUAGUGUAGUCUGAGUCCAUUUACUCACUCCUGGUCUUUGCCUAAAUAAAGAACUGUUAUUUUUGAUACUCACCUUGUCUGUCUUCUUCUGUUUCCUGACACUUACAGUGUGAAAAACAUGCUAACUUUAUCAACAAAACUCUUUAUAUGUCAGCAGUUCUUGCUUUCUUUGUUCUUACUGUAUGUUUUUGAUGCAUUAUUAUUAUUUUUUUUUUUUUUUUAACACAAUCUCUCUGUUUCAGUUUAAGACCUGUGACAUAUACAGCAGCAGAAGACAAAGGAAGAGGAAGAGGAAGACUGCAUCUCAUCACAUUCAUGACGAAAACACCAGGAAACACUGAAGCACACAGAGAGCUACAGAAGAACUGAACAAGAGAAGCUUUAAUAAGAGGGAAGAAUGAACAUCAUCUUGACUUUCACUCUGCUGAUGAUUCCUGGUGUCAUGACCUACAUGAGCAUAACAGGAUAUUCAAGGGGUGGAGUCACGAUCAAAUGCAAAUAUGAGAAAAAAUAUACUCAAAAAACAAAGUAUUUUUGUAGAGGUCAGAAGCCAGAUACACUACAGAUCGGAUGGUGUUCUGACCUCAUCAGGACUGAAGAGAAAGAUAAAUGGGUUCAGAAGGAUAGAUUCUCUCUGUAUGACGACACAAGAUCAGCAGUCUUCAAUGUGACCAUCAGAGAUCUGAGAGAACAGGAUUCUGGGACGUACUACUGUGCAGUAGAUAUCCCUAAAGAAAUAGAUUUCUACACUGAAGUAAAGCUGAACGUUUUAACAAAUCAAAGCACAUUUCCACCACCGUUGUUAUCAUCAUCAUCAUCAUCAUCAUCAUCAUCAUCAUCACCUAUUUCGCAAAAUUCCCAGCUAUCGUCAACAUCUGAUUUCACAUCGGCUUCUCCAUCUAUCUCGAAUGGUUUGUUUCUGAUCAUCGGUGUGACUGUGAUUCUGCUUCUGCUCAUCACUGGAUUCAUGUCAUGCAUAAUGACUCUCUACAAGAAACAUCUGACUCGAGACCCUGAUUCAGCCUCUAAAAAAUCUGAACCUGGAACAGAAAACAGUGAAGCGGUUCAUCAAAUGCUGUAUGAGGAGAUUAAAGACACCAGACUUCACACGGACUGCAAAACCAGCCAGUUACUCAUAAAACCCUCUGAUUUAUGUAACACUGUUUAUGCCACUCCACAAUUACCCACAAACCCCUCUGAUUCUUCUAAAACAGUUUAUGCUACUCCACAGUUACCCACAAACCCCUCUGAUUCUUCUAAUACUGUUUAUGCCACUCCACAAUUACCCACAAACCCCUCUGAUUCUUCUAAAACGGUUUAUGCUACUCCACAGUUACCCACAAACCCCUCUGAUUCUUCUAAUACUGUUUAUGCCACUCCACUAUUAGGCCUACUCAUAAACUCCUCUGAUACUAAUACAGUUUAUGCUACUGUUUAACAGUGCAGAACUUGUUGUUUCCUCCUCCUCCUCAUCAUCAUCAUCAUCAUCAUCAUCAUCAUCAUGUACAGAAUGACAGACGAUCCAGAUGAUGUUCCUCUUUAAUAACAUUCAUGAUCAGAGUCAUUAUAUGCAGUUGUGAGUCAGUGAUUUACAGCAAAUGCAUGUUAGUGAUCAACCUUUUUCCGAUUGUUAUUUGCUCAAUACACUUAAAAAAAAAUGUAUGUUUUUCUGUAUAACUAAAGAUAAUUUUUCUAUAUAACAAUAACGUGUAAUUAUUUUAACAUCAAAUCUCAUAGCUAACUAAUGUUCUUGUUCUUACAAACUCAGCAGCUCAAGUCUGUCCAGAUAAAUCACGUAGGCCCUGUUGCAGUUAGGUUUUUUUUUUUUUCUUUUUUUUUUUUUUUAAAUGUUUAAUUGUCUAUUUGUGGUGUUUGUAUUGUGUAAUGGUGCUGAAUGAAUUUCCCUUAUUCCUCAGGGAUUAAUAAAGUUUUCUAAUCUAAUUUUUCCACCUGGUAUUAAAGGAACACUCCACCUUUUUUUGAAAAUAGGCUCAUUUUCCAACUCCCCUAGAGUUAAACAGUUGAGUUUUACCAUUUUCGAAUCCAUUCAGCCGAUCUCCAGGUCUGGCAGUACCACUUUUAGCAUAGCUUAGCAUAGUUCAUUGAAUCUGAUUAGACCGUUAGCAUCUCGUUAAAAAUGACCAAAGAGUUUCAAUAUUUUUCCUAAUUAAAACUUGACUCUUCUGUAGUUACAUUGUGUACUAAGACCGACGGAAAAUUAAGAGUUGCGAUUUUUCUAGCCGAUAUGACUAGGAACUAUACUGUCGUUCCUUCCUAUUACUGGCGUAAUAAUCAAGGAACUUUGCUGUCGUACCGUGGCUUCAGCAGGCGCAAUGAUAUUACGCAGCGUCUCUCACAAAUGUCUCCAUGGUUGCAAGGCACGCUCCCUGUGCAAGCAGGGGGUCACAGGCGCUGCGUAAUAUCAUUGAGCCUAGGAAAUCACAACUUUUCAUUUUCUGUCGGUCUCAGUACACGAUGUAACUACAGAAGAGUCAAGUUUUAAAUAGGAAAAAUAUUGAAACUCUUUGGUCAUUUUUUAACGAGAUGCUAACGGUCUAAUCAGAUUCAAUGAACUAUGCUAAGCUAUGCUAAAAGUGGUACCGCCAGACCCGGAGAUCGGCUGAAUGGAUUCGAAAACGGUAAAACUCAACUGUUUAACUCUAGGGGAGUUGGAAAAUGAGCCUAUUUUCAAAAAAAGUGGAGUGUUCCUUUAAGAUGUGUUUUGGUUGAUCGGAUCCCAAGUGGAUGACGCUCAAUACAGGUGUAAACGAGGUCUAAAAUGUUUUGAACUUGUCCACUUUUGACCACUUCUAGAGGUAGUUGAAAACACAUUUGACCGGAUUGCUUUCGUAGUAUAAACGCUCAUGUUGGCUAAUAUGUUAUAAUUAAAAAUUAUAACAUAUAAAUAGUUGUCCAAUAUGCCUACUAAAAUAAUGCACAAACACUAUGUGAAGUGCGCUCGCCAGACGGGAUUUAAAUGUACCAAGCACAAUGUUCUCUCACCAUUCCUGAUUCCUGAUAAAAUAAAAAAAUGGGUGCUCUCCAUAUGAUUUUCCGCUGUCGUAUGUAAAUUGUGUGAGCUGGUUUUGUCUAUUAGAUCAAAAGGUCUGGAUAAGCCUAUACAUUUACCCACCCAUAGACCCUCCCCUCUAAGAAAUCAGGACAGAAGUGGUUGAAAGUGGACAAAAGAGACCGAUAAAAAUACCACGUGUAAACAGGAAUGUGUCUGCCUCAUCUACUUGUGAUCCGAUCGACCAAAAAGCAUCAAAAUUCAAACAGGGCCUCAGUCAAGUGCUGCAGAUCAGCUGCUGUCUGUGGUGCUGAACACCAUCUGAACUCUAGAGGGAGCCGCUUGACUCUCAUGCUUUAAUUAUUUACAGUAAUUAAUUAGUUUAAUUAGUUUCACUUUCAGUUUUG